GGCGUCCUGCAGGCCGGAGACAUGAUGGUCCACUGUGCCGGCUGCGAACGGCCCAUCCUGGACCGGUUCCUCCUCAACGUGCUGGACAGAGCCUGGCACGCCAAGUGCGUCCAGUGCUGCGACUGCAACUGCAACCUGACGGAGAAGUGCUUCUCCAGGGACGGGAAGCUCUAUUGCAAAACGGACUUUUUCAGGCGGUUUGGCACAAAGUGCGCGGGCUGUCUGCAGGGAAUCUCGCCAAACGACUUGGUGCGUAAAGCGCGCAACAAAGUGUUUCACCUGAACUGCUUCACCUGCAUGGUGUGUAACAAGCAGCUGUCCACGGGGGAGGAACUCUACGUGAUAGACGAAAACAAGUUCGUGUGCAAAGAAGACUAUGUGAGCUCCGGGGCCAUCAAAGAAGUCAACCUGAACUCAGUGUCGUCGUGCACAGACAGGAGUUUAUCGCCGGAUCUGCAGGACCCAACUCAGGAGGACAUAAAAGAGACGGACAAUUCAACGUCCUCAGAUAAGGAAACGAACAAUAUUGAGAACGAGGAGCAGAACUCGGGGACCAAGCGGCGGGGGCCCCGGACCACCAUCAAGGCCAAGCAGCUGGAAACGUUAAAGGCCGCGUUCGUCGCCACGCCGAAGCCGACCCGACACAUCCGGGAGCAGCUGGCCCAGGAGACAGGACUGAACAUGCGGGUGAUCCAGGUUUGGUUCCAGAACAGAAGAUCCAAAGAGCGACGAAUGAAGCAGCUGAGUGCUCUGGGCGCACGGCGGCACGCCUUUUUCAGGGGCCCGAGGAGGAUGAGGCCCCUGGGAGGCAGGCUGGAGGAUGCAGACAUUUUGGGACCUGGGGCCUAUGGUUACUAUGGAGAAUAUCAAGGUGACUAUUACGGACCAGGGACUAAUUACGACUUCUUCCCCCACGGUCCUCCGUCUUCACAAGCUCAGUCUCCAGCCGAGUCCCCCUACAUCCUGGGCUCUGGGCCCGGAGCCAUGGAGGGAUCAGGCCACCACCCUUCAGAUGACCAAAGGUUCACGGACAUGAUCUCCCAUGCGGAAACUCCAAGUCCGGAGCCGGGUUUACCGAGCUCCAUGCAGCCUGUCCCGGGGGAAGCAUAUGGUGGCGGCCCCAGUCCUCCUUUCUCAUUGGCCAGUAACUCCAGCUACAGCGCCCCUAUGUCCCACCAAGGCCAGGAGAUGGGAGAAACCACAGCCUGGUAGAGGACGAACCACUGGGACUAUUCCUGGGCUGAAUGUCAGCCUAGUUAAUUCAGGAGAUGAACAAUGGGGGAAAAAUCCCCACAUUGCAGAAUGAAAAGUACAGCUGAAAUUUCUAUGGACUUGUUAAAAUCACGGACAGAUUUUGACAGUUGACGAAGUGAUGGACAUGGAAAAGAAUCCGAGAAUGGGAUAGCUUAUCGGAAAAAAAUAAUAUUUGCUGCCCAGUAGACACUCCAAAGCAUAUCCCUUCCUGGAUUACUGGACUUGAGCUAUUAAAAAAACGUUGUGAUUCUACCCAGCAAAAUGCUUCUCGCCUUCCCCUUAAUGUUAACGAAGGUAUCUUCUAAUGCUCUAGGAACACAUUAGAGAGAAAUACCAAAGGGGACAUCUUUAGUUGUCUUCAUUUCUCACCACAUCUUUAAACAACCUUGCAGUGUAGGUUUUUCCGUUCUGUCGCUCUACACCUGUCUUUAUUUCUAAGCUGCCGCUCUACCCUCAAUAUUAAAAAGACAAAGGACCAGGUUCAAUACAUGCUUUAAUCCUCAUAUACAAAUACAUAUGUGGCAAUCAAGACACGAUAUGUUUACUCAAAACGUUGCUCAUUUUAAAUUUCCUUUUCUGUAAGACAAUAUGUCUAAUCAAAAGGUGCUGCUUGAGAGAUACUGUACACACACACAUGCACACAUACACAGACACACAAAACCUCUGGCAUUGACAUUUUCCACACAACUCAGCUAUACCUCUUUUAAUGCACAAAAAGUGUUCUUGAUCAUAGCUUAAAAGAAGGAUGUCUUUAACAUUAUUCAAAACACGGACACAAUUAUACAGACAUACACACACACACGCACAGACACACAAAUCUCACACCCAUCCAGGCGGCCCUGAUAGUUCUGCUCCGAGCACUGCUUCACCUGACCUUCCUUUUGUUACUCUCCCUUUUAAAAAACAUGUUUUAAUGGAAAUGAUUUUCAAAAGAACAUUGAACCCAUAAUGGAGAAUCUCCUUCAACAGCUGAGGUCUCCUUCCUCUAAAGGGAGAAAACAAAAGAGGGGGCAGACUACAUCUGUGACAUUACCAGUCUGCUCUUAGGCUCUCAUCGCCAUCUAGUGGCCAAGUUUGUAAGACACACAAAAUCAAACAUCCACUUCCAAACAGCAGAGUCUGGAUGUAUGCAUAUUGUGCUGCAAGUUCUCUCUCUCUCUCUUUUUUGAAAAUAAUGUCAGAAGAUAAUUCUGUACUUUCAAGGCCAAGUGUCAUUAGGGCUCCGAUUUGAAAAGCCAAUACAAUAUUUUCAUCUUCCCUUUUAAUACUGCUAUUGAAAGAUGGCACCCAGCCCAUGUUAGCUGAUAUUACUCAUUACGAAACAUCCCAUAAACACGUGUAAUGCUGUUUGUCCACAAUGAGUUAGCUCUACUUGAAUAUUGUUUUGAUUUGAUUUCCUUUGGACAUUGUAUAAGAUCUAGAAAGAAUGUGUCUUAUUUCUGGUGUUCUGAGACAUCCUUGGAUACAAGAGGUGUGUGGCUGUGUGUGUGUGUGUGUGUGUGUGUGUGUGUGUGUGUGUGUGUGUG